AUGGCCGAAGCUCAAGCGCCCGAGGUUGAUUAUACCCUCAACAACCCUGAUACCUUGACCAAGUACAAGACCGCUGCGGGGAUUUCACACAAAGUUCUGGACGCUGUCAUCGCUCUGUGUGUCGAGGGCGAGAAGAUCGUCGAUAUCUGCGAGAAGGGUGAUCAGCUGCUCGACGAGGAGAUCGCCAAGGUCUACAAGGGCAAGAAAAUCGCUAAGGGUGUCUCUCAUCCUACCACUGUCUCUCCCAGCUCUUAUGUCACCCCCUACACCCCCCUCAAGUCUGACGCCGCCGAGGCCGAGAUUGCUCUGAAGGCCGGUGAGAUCGUCAAGAUCCAGCUGGGUGCUCAGAUCGAUGGAUUCGGAACUAUCGUCUGUGACAUGGUUGUUAUUGCCAAGAAGGAUUCUCCCAAGGAGGUUGUCACUGGACGUGAGGCUGACCUGAUUGUCGCUACUCACUACGCCAACGAGCUUCUGCUCCGCUUGAUGGUUCCUUCCGGUUUGCUUGCCCAGGGUACCGACGAGGAGAAGGCUAAGGCCGCUGCCAAGAAGCCUCCCACCCAGGCCCAGAUGUCCGACCUGCUCGAGAAGGUCGCCAAGGCUUACGACUGCAAGGUCGUCGAGAACACCACUAGCUGGCAGUUCGACCGUAACGAGAUUGAGGGUACCAAGAAGAUCAUUCUGACCCCUGGCAACGGUGUCCGUGGUGAGGGUGUCCCUGAGAUUGGUGAAGUUUGGGGUGUUGAGGUCGGUCUCAGCUUGGGAUCCGGAAAGGUCAAGAACCUCGACCACCGCGCCACUCUGCACCGCCGUACUACCACCACCUACGGCCUGAAGCGUCCCAGCUCCCGCCAAACUCUUUCCGAGGUCGUCAAGAAGUUCGGUACCUUCCCCUUCAGCUUGCGCCAACUCGAGGAUGAGAAGGCCGCCAAGGUUGGUGUCGUUGAGUGUGUUCGUGGUGGUGUUCUGCGCCAGUACGAGCCUGCCGGCGAGGCUGACAACUCCCCUGUCUCUCGUGUUCUGAGUACCAUUGCCAUCACCAAGAACGGUAUUACCAAGCUCGCUGCCCCCGCCGCCCCCGAUUUUGAGCAGUUCAAGUCCGACAAGAAGAUCGAAGACGAGGAAAUCCUCAAGAUCCUCGAGCAACCCAUUGCUCGCUCUACCGGCAACAAGAAGAACAAGAACAAGAAGAAGAAGACCACCGGUGAAGAGUAA